GGCUUAAACCGCACUAUGACCUUCUCUCGGUGUUGAAGAAAGAAGCAGUAGCAAUUAGCAGCAGAAAGCGACGCAGAGGAAUAGAGAAAGAGAGAGAGAGAGAGAGAGAGAGAGAGAGAGAGAGAGAGAGAGAGAGCCAGAGAGGUGGCCUGUCCGGCAUAUGGUGUCCGUUAAUCCAAUCCCAAAUCCAGCUGAAGUUUUCUAUUUGGAUCCCAUGGAAAUGGCUCUUCCCGGUCUCGGCUCUUUAGCAGGAGCCACCACUGCUUCACCGGACGAUCCCACUAAGAAGAUUCGUAAACCCUACACCAUCACGAAAUCCCGAGAGAGCUGGACUGAGCAAGAGCACGACAAAUUCCUGGAAGCUCUCCAACUCUUUGAUCGUGACUGGAAGAAGAUUGAAGCAUUUGUUGGGUCAAAGACUGUUAUUCAGAUACGCAGCCAUGCACAGAAGUACUUUCUGAAGGUCCAGAAGAAUGGAACAAGUGAGCAUGUACCUCCCCCUCGGCCUAAGCGGAAAGCAGCUCAUCCAUACCCACAGAAAGCCUCUAAAAAUGCACCAGUUCUGUCACAAGUUACAGGAGCAUUUCAAUCUUCAUCUUCCCUGCUUGAACCAGGAUAUACCCUGAGGCCAGAUUCAUCAUCAGUGUUUGGGAAUCCUAUUAGGGGUGUAGCCAUGUCAUCCUGGGCUAAUAAUUCUGUACCACCAAUCAACAUGACACAUAUGGCAAAAGAUGAAAUGAUAUCUGCUGUACCUGCGGUGGCAAAUAAUUGUUGCAGUAGCACUGAAAGUACUCCAAAGAGAUGGCCGUGCGGUGAAGUAACUGAUCAAGGAAAUCAAGGUCCACCACUGAGGGGUGCAGUAAUGCCAGAUUUUUCUCAAGUAUAUAGCUUCAUUGGCAGUGUAUUUGACCCAAACACAAGUGGGCAUUUGCAGAAACUAAAGGAGAUGGAUCCAAUUGAUGUUGAAACUGUGUUACUGUUGAUGAGAAAUCUUUCUGUCAAUUUGUCAAGCCCUGAUUUUGAGGAUCAUAGAAGGUUGCUAUCAUCCUAUGAUGUCGAGUCUGAUAAAGCUAAAUCUGGUAGUACAAAUAACACCCUCCCAGGUGAUGAGCCAGAGAAUACUUCCCCAUUAAGGACAAAGGGAAAAUGAUCAGUGAGUUCCUAUUGCAACUUAUUUUCAAUAAAACGAAGAUUUUCCACUGUAUUUAAAUGCAUCCAUCUUUGAAGGUGAGAGUUGGUUAUCUGCACAAAUUGUCAAUGGUAAGCAGCAUUUUCAUGUGUAAUGUACGUGGUCAAAAUGGUUAUGGUUGCCAUUCAGAAAUCUUGCAGCAGAGCUCUUCAUUCAUCUUGUAGGUACCUGUAGCCUAACUUGUACAGUUUUUGCAUGUUAAAAGUAAUUUGUGCAAUUGUAAAAUGUGUGGAAGUUGAACUUACGAAACAAUGGUUUAGAAACAUUUACUUGAACAUGUCAACUGAAACGCCUGGGACGGAUUCUGUAUGUACAGUUUAGAGAACUGCCCUUAUCCGCUAAAUUGAUAUCUUCUACUAGAGCUGUACAGUAAAA